GGUGAGGGAGUGCUGCGGCCCGGGUCAAUGGCUAUUUGCCUAUGCUAAACAUAGCUGCGAGAAGCAGGCUGCAUAAUCAAGCAUGGGGCUUAUGGAUUAAUUUACAAUUCUAUGAUAAUGGACUGAGUUAGACACAAGUGCUAUAUAAUGAAGUGGAACAAUGGAACCAGUCUAUUUGAUGCAUUGGGAUGGUAGGAUAAGCUGAGAGAUUUGAAGGAAGGAGAUAAGAUGGUGAGAUGAUGCAUCAAGGAUCUGAGCAGAGUAAUGUCUGCGUGUUCCGAGUUUACCCAGAAUGCUUGGCGCCGUGACCUUUGCGCCAACUGCCAGCGAGCACGUGCUGACCACACUGGAAGUUUCCACCGAAGUAACUCCGCCAAAUCCUCCCCUGUCCCCAGCAAACGCACAUCAGUCAUCCUCAAGGCCACCUCGCAGCACAUAAAUGGGGUCAAAGUUGAACCCGGAGAUUGUAUCACAAUAACCUCAGCGGACAUAGAGAACGCCAACUCGAAGCUGAGCAAGAACGAUAGGAACAGUUCCUGUGAUAGGACAAAGUUCAAGAACAAUGAGAAUCACAACAGUAACCUGCUCCAAGAUGAGAACCCACCCAGAGUAGUCCGCCUUGUUGGUAGGCACGGCAACAGGUCAAAUCCAAGGAAGGGUGUGCUGGUAAAGUCGGUCGCCCGCCACCAGAGUCGCAGUGGACACGUUGUGUUCACAGAAGCUGAACCAGACGUGAUUGGUUACGACGGUGGAUUAGAUAAUAUCCUUGACGAUGAAGUUGACUCUCAAUGUGAAGGUCACUCAUCCAGUGAUGAGAUGUCCUUCACUGAGGAAGAGAAACAGAAUGCUCUGCUGGCACUUGAAAACAUGAUCUGGAAUGCUGACAUCCGAAACCUUAAAGAUUCUGCUACCAGCAAAAAGGGUCCCAGCAAGGAGUUUGAAGAUCUUGACCUUCAGCUACUGUGUCGACCUGACCGGUUCCACACCCUCCGAGACUGUGACGCUUCUUUCAAACAUGGGACGUUCCCCGUUCGUACCAAGCCAAGCCUUUCCAAACUGUCGGUGGAGGAGCUGUUCAACUCAGACAUAGAACUGCACCGGAUUGCGGACACUAUGUGUGAUAGGGCUGACAGUGAAUCCUCGGGCUCAGAGCAGUACAAACAGACAAGUAUAGACAGAGUGAAGUCGCUGCCUGCAUCAUCUGCCUCUUCGUCAGACAGCGACAGUAAAGCAUCUGACGACAAGAAGUCAGUUUCUGUGGAUGUGGAAGAAGAAAGUGACGUAACAAUGCCAUAUAAAAUAGUGAACAUUAUUCCAAGACACACUCCAAAGCCGUAUGUAGUUCCAAAGGAGAAUGCUAAGUCAUACACUCUGGAUGAUAUUGAGGAGUGUCUGUAUGGAUCUCAGUAUGAAUCCACCUCUGGACCUGAGCCCAAACAGGAAGUACUUUCUGCUGGGAAAGAGGAAGAAUUCAGCUCUUCUGUGAAAGAGGAAGAGAAGAAGAAGGAUGGCAACACCUCUUUCUCAGACACAGACAGCACUAUUGCUGGAUUGGAGGUGGUAGAGCUACUUAAUGAUGUGUUGGCUAGCUAUGGUGAGAUUGAGAGUAAGUACAGCGACUUUAGAUACAGCCCUCGCCAGCCAUUAAUAGAGGCGAAGGCUGGCAGCAGUGCAGGGGAAUCUGGUGCUAAAGAUACCGACAGCAAUACUGACGCCCGCAAGGAUAAGUUGAAAAAAAAUGCUGACUUUGAGAAGCGAAUGGCUUCUGUGGCAGCUAACCUUGACCUGCAGAAGUCGCGAAAAUCUCGUCAGGCUCCACGACCUCCAAGUUCUCCUCCCCCAGAACCGCAGGUCUCGCCCACACGGAAACUAGCCAAUCAGACGGAGCCCAACUUUAAGAUGGUGACAAUGGGGAAGUCCAUAGUGACCCCUCCACAGCUGGAACCUUUGAUAGCACCGAAGGCUGUGAGUGAACCAACUAUAGGCCUGGAUGAGCAAGAUGCCCUUGACCUUCGAGUCGGCUGCAAGUCGGCAGAUAUGGUGAAGGCAAAACGUGGUGGUUUUACUUCAUUCUUUAAGAACAUUCUGCGUCGUGGGAGGGAUUCUUCCGAACUGCCUGUUGAAAGUAGCAAUCCAGAUAUUACCUUCGCAAAGCCAGAAUCCAAAACUGAUGUGAUGUCCUCAUCCAUGAUAGAGAUCAGAGAUUUGAAGGAGGAUCAGCCACCAGCCUCACCGGCAGAGAAAAGAACUGCAAAAUUUUCUCCACAGCCCAAAUUCCGAGUGUUGCCGCCUGCAACCCCUCCCCCAAUGAGCCCCCCUGUCAUUUCCUCCUCCAGUCCAGCACUGGACCAUAAGGGCUCCAUUGAGGACCGCUUUGAAGGUGCUAUGCCAAAAGCUGCCCCCAGUUCCCCGUUACAACAUAAAAAGGGAGUGUCUAGUCCCAAACUACGAAUGAAGAAAGACCCAGAGAAAUCCUCUCCGAUCAUGCAGAGGGCAGCUGCAACCAAAGACGAUACACCUACAGUCCUUCCACAGCUUCCAGCCAAUCCCCCUACCACGAAACCGAAGACAGACUUCACCUCCCAUACACUCCCUCGUGACCACGGGAGGUCCCGCGACACCACAUCUACAACCACCACUACAUCCACAAUGUCAAGGUCGCAUCAGACCUCCACUUCCUCCCCUGCCCCGAAACCCAUUCCCCCACAGGUUCCCAUUACCCAGCCAGGGGCCAAACCUCCUCCUCCUCCCCAGCAUGGGACCAAACCACAGGUGCCUCCCAACCCACCACAGACGAAACCACAACUACCAUCCAAGCCUCCUGGGUCGGGCGGGGAAGAGUCUGGGGUGGUUGUCCGAAGGAGACCGAAGAGUCCAAAGAAGGGUGCUCCCCCUCAACCACCCACUCGUACGUCAGUUCCUGCUCGGAUGACAGAUGCAAGGAAUCCCGACUUUGCUCGGGAGUUGGAGCGAAGGUUAAGUCGGUCGACUGAAGGAGCGCCAUCUAUACGAGACAGGAAGUCAUCAACCCAGGGGCCACCAUCACCAACAUCGCCUGUUCCAGAGCUUGAUGAAUCCAUGCCCACCUCACCCACCACACUGGAAAAGCCAGAGGAAGUAAAGAAGAAUGAAGAUGACUCUCCACGGGAGAAGAUCGAACUGCCAACUGCUGCUCCGAUGAGCAGGAAGAGUUUUCUGGGCAAGUUGGGCAACAAGAAGGGUCGUGCUCCUCAGCCUCCUGCGUCGGUGAAGCGGGCCAAGUCCAUCACGGAGUCCACACUACCACGCACUAACAAACAGAAGAAGAUCAAUGCUGCUGACAUAUCGGGGCCUGUGUUGGUGACUGACAUGACGAACACGAAGAUCCUGGAGAACCGUCGGAACACCAUCUCACUAGGUGGACCAAUGUCAUCAUCUGUUAACAUGGACAAGGAAUUUGAGGAUCUGAAACCUGAUGCUCUCUCUCCAUUGGGCUCUCUGGAGAAUCUCUACGAGGCAAUCCUGCCAAAGUUCGGAGGACGUCAUGUCUACGAUCCAAUCACUGGCAAUACUGUGACAACAAUAUGCCCAAACAUUCCAGUUGAAGGUUACCUUGAGCCUGUGCCACCAGUUACUGCCACAGCAGGGACUGCGGCAAAUCUCUUGACCCCCUCCAUGACCUCGAGUAUGUGUGCGUUGCCGUCAGCGAUGACCUCCAGCAUGAUGGGGAUGACGUCGAGCAUGGUGGCGAUGCCAUCAACGAUUGAAGAAGAGGAUAGCCUGGGUGAUCCGUUUGAUGAAGAUGCUGACAUUGAUGAAUCAAGACAGAUGCUUCUCGCCUCACAGCCCAUUUACGAGGAAAUCAAUGGCUACAAUAAGGUUGUCGAUGAUGAUGCUACAUCCAUGGUGUCUACGCUGUCCCAGGUUUCUCAGACAACUGAGACUGAUUUCCUCGCCCCUCCUGACAAUGCAGGGCGCUCCCAAUCCCGGGAAACUGUCUCUUCAGAGUCAGACACGACUUCCACUUGCAGUACCCUCUCCAGGCCCAAACCUGCCCCCAGACGGAAACCCAAGAAAGGUGAUCGGUCUUCCUCGGAGCAAUACGUGGCAAUGAACCGACCUAAUACGUCAGUAACAUUGCGAGAGGACAAGCUUCGAGAUCUACACAGUCGCUUGACGACGAUGAUGUUGCAGAGCCUCCAGGACAUCUACAGUCAGGUUGAACGGCUGCUGUCACAAGAGAAGCUGUCGCUGCCAGCUCCCCACCAGCUCAAGUGGGGAGACUUUGACAUUUAUGGUCAGCCACUGCAUGCUUCAGAAAGAUGUAUCGUCUAUAAUGCAAAGUUCAAGGUCAACAACUCCCCAUGUCAACUUAUGCUCCUCCACUCACGCCCUGCGACAGAGAGCAGCACAGUGACCCAUCCCAGCCUUCUGAAGCCAGCAGCCGUGUUCGCAGACACUAUCCCUUUCUCUUUCCUCACGGAGGAGUUCAUCAAGACGAGUCAGCUGGUACAGAACUCUGUGUAUGACAGCAGCUUAGCUAAGUGUUUCUGUGCGGUGGGCAGCUUCGACAUCAUCGAGAGUCUGGACAGUCACUUGUCCCUGUUGAGGGAGACCUUGACUCACAAUGCGGAAGUCUACAUGAACGUCAUCCUCUCCAUGGCCCUACAGCUGCUUAGUGCCAUGUCACACUGCUUAGACCAGGGAUACACGGUCACCGAGACAGAUUUCCGGGACAUAUUCCUCGUAACACGCAGCGACCUUCGGGGCAAGGUCAUCACCUUCUUGCCACGGCAACGCUCACAUGACGUCCACCAGGGUGAAGCCAUGUGCCGAUUCCUUGACAAGCUGUUGGACGAUGCAAUGACAGAACACCGAGCGGAAACGGAGAGCCCAGAUACCCUGGACACGGUUGAGACCCUACAGGGCAUGUUGCAGCCACGGAAGGUGGAAUGUCUGGCCCAGGUUCGAUCUGUGGUGGAGUACUUGCUGUGGGGACCGAGUGGGACUGACCCAAGCCAGAAUGAACCAGGCAGGUCUGAACCUUCUGAAAACCCUGAAGACAUGGAACAGGACCUGUCUCUUUGGCUUGAGAAGGAGAGGGCAAAUCUUGUCACCAAGUUUGCCAAAAGUGUUUCUGGUUUUGUCAAUGGUAUUUCACUGGAGGAAUACUACUGCUUGAAGUUUUUGUUGAAAUCUAGUCCGACUAGCUUAGCGGACAGUGCCAGAAGACUUGCUCUGGAGUGUUAGCUGUUGCUGAAGCUGUAUCAUGCAGCAGUGUUGCCAUGGUGACAAGAAUGGUCAAUGUUGAUGAGUCUGGUACAAGUUAGUGGAUACAAGACAAGACUUGGUGCCAAGUUUACAGAGUUAUAUUAACUUCUGGGAGAGCCAGUUUACAUAUGUUGCUGAUUAAUAGUUGGAGAGAAAACAUUAUGAUAGUGCUACAACUGAAAUGCUGUAAAGUUAAUAAUUUUCACAUCAAUUUUCAGUCUUCUAAAAUCUAGUGUAGACAUAACCUUCACAUUGUAGCUGUCAUUGUCAGUAUCGACAAUGUUUAUCUAUGCUUGUGUGUGCACUGAUAUAUUUGAUUGUAAGUUAGAUUGCCACCCUCCAUGCUGUUGUCGCCAUAGUGAACGUAGGUGGGCCUUGCUGUGAUACUGUCCCCCUACCACAGUCAACAGCAACUACAGCAAAUUUGCCAUUUCAUGCAUAUGUAGAUAUUGAAAUGUAAUGUGUUGAAAAAAAGGUAAUCAAAGGACUCUGUGCAACCAAAAUUUUCAGAAUCAAAGACAAGGGUCCCAAGAUUAAAAUUGAGCCUAGGAAUUCCAGAAUGCCCCUAACACUGUCUUAUUAAUACUGAAGGGGGUCGCUGUUGGCACACAUGCUACAGAUAUGUACCCCAGGUAUGUUUCAAAUAUACAGAACUGUUCCCCAAACAAAGUCAAAAUACAGAAACGUAGCCUGUACUCUAAACGGUGGAUGCAGGAUUUCAAUUUUCCUUUGAUCUGCGGAUUUCCACUGAUUUUAUUUCAAAUUGAUCAAAUCCUGAACCCGUCAUUCGAUGACACAAUAUUAAGUUUUCAGCUGAAAAUAGAAAUUUUCUGUUGCCAUCCCUGGGCAGACGAGUCCAUGUUGUGAAACCUAAAACCGUUCAAGUGACUGUGAAUGGUAUUGUGCAUCACGAAAUAUAUUUCUCAUUUCUUAUAGAAAAUGCAAGCAAAUGUGCCGGUUCUGAUCACGAGAACGGCACAGUGCAGAAUGGACUCAUCAUUGGGUAUGUUUCUGUAUUUUGAUUGGGGUACAGUUGUACCCGUGCCGACAGCGCCCUCUUCAGCUAUAUUAAUGCUUCCCUGCUGUGUUCCACCAUUAUCGGACUAGCAUGCUGUAGGCAGGACAAGCUAUACCAUCUAGGAGUGGAAACGAUGUCAAAAUUAUUUAGUGACUGAAAGUGGAUGAUCACAGACAAAAUUUCAAUUAUAGAGCUUUUGGAGUUUGUCCUACUUCACAAAUCAUCAUGUGACCUCAGAACCAUUCCACUUAGGCAUGAUUGUAAUCAAUGGGGAUAGACCGAAAGGAUAUUAGAAGUAGGACUGGCUAUCAAUAUAGAUCAUAGGGAUUGAUAAUCUUUGAUAAAAUAUCGAUAAACAUCGGAGAAGUAACUUGAGCAAAAAUGCCAAAAACAUCUGAAAGAAAGAAA